ACCUUUCGGCUUUCGAAGAUUCGAAGAAAAGUCUCAAAAAGAAGAAGAACGCUGUUUGUUGAGGUUUUUGCGUGAAAAUCCAAUUUCUGAGGGGAUUUCCUCACAAUGAGCAUCAAUGAAGAGGCUGUAUUUAAAGUAGAAUGUGUGGAUGUGGAUGAUAGCAUGGAUGAUGAGGUGCAGGUGAAGGAGGAAGACAGGAAAGUAAAGAUGGAAGAUCCGGAUGAGGAGGACGCCGAAGCGUUUGAGGCGCAAUCAGAUGAGGAUGAUUGGAAGCCACCGGGGCAGCGGGAAGAGAAGGAAAUUCAUUCGGAUUCCUCAGGCGAGGAAGGUGGGUACAAGUUGCGGAGGAAGCGGAAAGGCCGGAAAAGGGGGCCGAAGAAGAAAACUCCACCACCGGUAACGGAAAAGAAGCCCCUGCUGCCUGUAAUGCAAUGCUACAUGUGCAGUAAGUCCUACACAACAGCCUACAUGAUGCAGAAGCAUCUCGAUGAGCACUACAGCAAUCGUGGUGGGAUUGAUGCAAAUCACUUCCCCUGCAAGGUCCGCCCCUGUGGGAAGGUCUUCACAACAGCAAAAUUCCUGGAGUGCCAUCUGAAAUCCCACGAAAUUGAGAAGCUCUACGACUGCAAGACGUGCGACAGGAGCUUCUCCACCAGCAAAAUCCUCCGAAUUCAUCGGAACAUGCAUGCGCAGGAGAAGCGUUUCAACUGCGAAAUUUGCUGCGAGAGCUUCCCCUAUGAGAACAGCCUGAUAAUCCAUGUGGAGAAGCACAUUGAGGAGAUGCCCUUUCCGAAGGAACUUCUGGAUUUGCACAUGCUACCUGUGAUUGAUGUCAAUGCUAAACCAAAGCCCGGGAUCAAGCAGGAACUCCUUACGGGUGGGGUGCUGUACAACUGUAGUCAGUGCCCAAUGAAGUUUACCACAUUCAACGACAGGCGGAAUCAUCAGAAUCGCGAGCAUCCCAAGAUGAUGACAUGCGAGCAAUGCGGGAAGGUUCUGCGGAGCCCCUUUGGGUAUCGCCUCCACAUGGUGACGCAUACAAAGGAGAAACCCUUCAAGUGCAAGCACUGCGGGGAGGCAUUCAGCAAUCCCACCCUCCUCGUGGUGCAUCGACGUGUUGCCCAUGGCCCGGGAGAUGACAGGGCGAAGCGCUACCGUCCACAUCAGUGUGAGACAUGCGGGAAGUCGUAUGUGUUCAGGUACAGCCUCACGGAGCACAUAAACUUCAAGCAUGGCAAUGUGAAGUUGAUCUGUGACCUCUGUGGGCAUUCCUACGGCACCAAGGCGCGCCUCAAGAGGCACUUCAAGAAGGUCCAUCUGGUGGAGAAGAUCCGCGGUCCGGGUGAGGAGAAGGUGCGAAUGCGCAAGGGGAAGGCACUCAAACGACCAAAUUGCCCCGAAUGUGACUUUGUGGCGCCCCGCGUGAAAGAUUUGCGUGAGCAUCGCAUCAAGACGCACUACAACAUGCUCCAUUGUGCUGAUUGCAACAUCACCAUGGAGAAUCUCUACAUGUUCAAGCAGCAUCUUGAGGAUCACAAGGAUGGGAUCUCCGUGCUGGAGCAUCCUGGCUCAGGGAGGAAAGGACGCAUAUUCGGAUGCCUGCGCUGUGAUAAAUACUACACAGAUCGACGUUUCCUGCGUGAGCACAUCAAUGCGCGGCACAAUUCAACAAUCUUCAAGUGCGAUCACUGCGAUAUGAGUUUCCAGACGAAGAGAGCUCUCAUCCGGCACCUAUCGCACAAUCAUGGCAUCGAAGAGAAGGAGCCAAAGCCACGAAAGGUUGAAGGGCUCAAAAUGAAAAAGAUGAAAAAGACAAAAAUCAAAAAUUUCCAACCCCCGUCGGAGAUGUCGUCGCAAUCAUCGUAUCAAUUCCAACCGGAACCACCACAGUCAUCCCCAUUGGCACUCCACAUCCCCCAUCAGUCCCCACAUGCAGCAAUAACCAUCGCUGGACAAUCACACGUAACACCACCACCGCCUCCGCAUGAGCUGCAGCAACACUUUAAAGUUGAACCACAACUGCAGUACCUUCACUUUGGCAGCAUCUAAAACUACAAAAUAAAUAGUAAUAAAAGCCAAAUAGGUCGCUUUCUUUUUCAGGAAUAAAAUGCUUUGUAUUAGAUUCAUUUAUAGGAAAAGAAUGAAUAUAAUUAAAUAUUUAGAAGAAGCAACAAGAAACUUCAUUAGAAUAAACAAUACGAUUUUAAAUAGCAAGUCAACUUGAUAUGAAAUUUAUAUACAUAUUAAUCUAUCAUUGGGAUUUAUCAAUAAAAUGCUUUAAAGACAAAA